UAAAUAAAUGUAGAAGAUCCUUGCAUAACUACAUUAUUUACGAUAAACCACCCUAAUCUCCCUUCCCCCUUCGUCCUUCCUCAACUUUCACGUCAAAAUCACGAGCGCAAUUAUCAAAUCGUACGAAAACUCGUACACAUUCACAAUUCACAUACACUCGAGGGCAGAAAUUUACUCGAAAUUUCUCCGUCACGAUUUCCUCCAGUCAUAGAGUUUACUUUCUUGAAUAGAUUCACAAUCUGGUACACAUGCACAUCACUAUCUGGCCAGGACCGCAGCAGUUGUUGACUUGCCUCACUCUGAUGCUUUCUCUCUAAGCAUACAUUUCUGCUUUUUUUUUUUGUGCUUGUUGUUUGUUGGGGAUUUGUGGCUUAUGAUUCUUGCUUUGUCUUGUUGGUACUUAAUUCUCACUCGAUGUCAUCUCUGUGGGUCUCUGCUAUGUUUUUACUGUCGCGUGCUUGUGAAUUACGCUGGUUUUAUUUGUAACAUUGCGAGAGUCGGAUUCUGGGAUUUUGUGAAUUUGUGGGGAUUUGGUGUCUGAAUGUGCCCUGUUUUUUGUUUGUGGUUUUUAGGGAUUAACAACAAUGCCCAUGUUAGGAAAUGGGUAGUUGUUUGUUGCUCUUGUAUUGCUACACAAGUUGUAGUAGAUGGCUGACACCGAUUCACCUACGGCGGAAUUUGAUUCACAUCUUGAGAUGGGCUCAUUAGCUGGAAAAUCAUCAUUUGAGCUUGAAGGGCUACCUCUUUUCAACUCCCAACCUAUUGGGAGAAAGACAUCUUCCGUGGAGAUCACUCCACAACGUUGUAUAGUUGGUCAUGGAUCAGAUAACUGUGGCUCUCAAUGUAUUAUACUAAGGAUCAUAUAUCGCAGUGUAAAGAUUGCUCUAUUUUCCAAUAAAUUGAACUUACUUGUAGCUUGUGGUCCUUCGGCGAUAUUAGUUGAUAAACUUACAAGGAAUCAUGGCUGGGUGUUCUUUUUAAGUUUACUAGGCAUCGUUCCUUUGGCUGAACGUUUGGGCUGGGCUACAGAGCAGCUAGCUUUUUUUACUGGACCAACAGUUGGGGGUCUUUUAAAUGCUACAUUUGGUAAUGCAACGGAGAUGAUAAUAUCUAUGCUUGCACUUCAAAAUGGCAUGAUUCGUGUUGUCCAGCAAUCAUUGCUGGGAUCAAUCCUUUCUAAUCUGUUAUUGGUACUUGGAUGUGCACUUUUUGGAGGAGGACUUGCUCUUAGAAGGGAGCAAGUGUUCAACAAGCCAUCGGCAGCAAUGAACUCGGGAUUGCUCUUGAUGGCAGUUAUGGGUCUCUUAUUUCCUGCGGUUCUACAUUACACACGCACUGAAUUGCAUUUUGGCAAGUCAGAGCUUGCCCUUUCAAGGUUUAGCAGUUGCAUUAUGCUGGUGGCAUACAUAGCUUACAUUUUUUUCCAGCUGACCAGCCAAAAGAAUCUUUAUACCCCUGUAAAUGAGGAGGAAAGUCCAACUGGUGAGAACUCUGAUGACGAAGAAGUACCAGAUAUGUCAAAGUGGGAAUCAAUCAUGUGGUUAUUUAUAUUGACUUGCUUCAUAUCAGUCCUGUCUCAAUAUCUGGUUAAUGCUAUAGAGGGGGCAUCUGUUGCGAUGAACAUCCCUGUGGCGUUUAUAAGCGUUAUUCUGCUCCCAAUUGUUGGGAAUGCAGCAGAGCAUGCGGGUGCUGUCAUGUUUGCUGUGAAGGACAAGCUUGACAUUUCUCUAGGAGUGGCGAUUGGCUCAUCAACACAAAUAGCGAUGUUUGUGAUCCCGUUCACUGUUGUUGUUGGCUGGAUCAUGGGGCUUCCAAUGGACUUGAAUUUCAAGCUAUUUGAGACGGCUACUCUAAUCAUGACGGUUCUUGUAGUAGCCUUCAUGCUACAGGAAGGGACAACAAAUUACUUUAAAGGGCUGAUGCUUCUUCUCUGCUAUCUUAUAGUCGCAGCAAGUUUCUUUGUACAUAUAGACGAUGAGUCUAGCCAGGACAAACCCGAUGAUCAUCCAUAAAAACACUACUCAGAUCGUGUUUCUUGAUUCAUCCGAUUCAGAUUCAUGCAACAAAGAGUUGUACAGAUAAAAGGAAGAAGCAUAUCAUAUGUAUAUAGAAGUUGUGCUGCUUGGAGCAUAUUUCUAGGGUCACCUUGUGGUGUUUGAGUUUCAGAUGUGUCUGCAUGUAUAUACUUCCCAAAUUAUUUUGACAAAUAGUAUUUUUUUAGCUGGAUGUGAAGUAGAAAUGUGCUUAAAGUUGUCUAUGCUAUUAAAAA